AUGACCCACCUGUCAUCCACGGAGAUCUCAAGUGUGACAACAUUUUCGUCAAUGCUAAUCAAGGUUGAAAGCAUAGUUUUGAGUAUUAUUUCCAUGCUUUCAGGUCCUAAUGAUGAAUUUCCUGCAAACAUUGAAGCCGCAAAACGGGCCGACUCACCAUUUCUAGCUGGUUUGACAUUCCAUUCUCUGUUCUCCUCAAUGAGGACCAGGAUUUCCACACUCUCCAAACAUAGCACUGUUUACAAUUUAGAAGAAGGGGUUUUUUCAUGGACUCACCACCUCUGUUUCAAUGGCAUCAAUUCUGGUUGGAGCAGUGCUUUUAGUGAUCUUAUUUCAGAGCUGUACAGUCAAGCUGAGCAGAUAUCCACUGUAAAUUCUACUCGACAACCCAUUGCAAAUGAAUUUAGUUCAACUCAGUUGGGCCUGAAUUCAGAUUUAGUAAAUGGUGAUGAUGAUUUGGAUGAAAAUGACUGGGAAUUCAAGGAUGCCUUCUCAGAAGGCACAGUUGGAAAUGGGAAUCCUGAAUUUGAGAUUGUAGAUGCACAUCAAAACUUUUCUGCUGAACUAAAGCUAAAGAAUUUUGUAGGUUUCUACUCUAGAUUGAAAGACGAAGCACGAUUUUUCAUACUUGACCAUCAUGAUGAUCUCAAGAAAGCCAAGAAGGAUGCUGCUCUUUCUAGUGAUGAAGUAAAGGUUAUGGCCUUUGAUGAGGAAAUUCAGCCAAAGGAGAUAUAUGUGGAUGAUGAGGCCAAGUUGACCCUGCAUUGUCUCAUACAGCACUGCAUUAAACUGAGCGAGUUGGAGAAAAAACGCAAGUUGAAUGACCUCCUAGAUGCAUCGGAUUUUAAUUAAGUCGUUAUUUUCGUUAAAAGUGGGAGCAGAGCAGCUGAGCUGAACAAGCUACUCGUGGAGUGUAAUUUCCCAUCUAUCUGCAUCCAUUCUGGAAUGUCCCAGGAGGAAAGGUUGGUAAACGUCUUUGGGCUACACAUUGAUUUGCUUGCAAGUGCUUUAUUUUGUACCUGCGCAGGUCCUCACAUUUUCUCUGAUUUGGAAGGUCAACACUUUG